GCUUUUGCUGAACAUCUGUUAUGGUAGGGAUUUGUGGGAAUACUGGAGAUAUAUGAAGUCAUGCUAAUGUCAACUGCAUAUGGAAAUAGCUCCCGUGGAAAUAUUUAGACUCAAAUACAUCUUUCUACCUGAUUUCAACUUUUUAUUGCUUCCCCUGCGAAAAUUUAAGCAGCAUCGAGGAGAGCUAAAACACAUGUACUUCUGGCCAGUCAUGCACUUACACGACUGUGCAUGCCAUUUAUGACUUUAUUACUUAGUGCUAGGUAUGAAAUGAAGAGUGUAACUGCUGUCGCUUUAAUGUCAGAGCAGCAUACGUUACAAUAGGUGUCACUGUGCGGCUGGGUCCAAUCGUUAUUGGUGACUUCAGCUAUUGGCUCCGAACGCUGGCUGACUCCAUCUGCAGGGCUGCAAUACCUACUCUGUUCCGAUCCGUUCAACACACAAGUUCAGCUCGCCGAGCAGACUGGCAGUGCUACCGUGCGCGUCUUGCUAGCCCCCUUCGGAAAGCCAUUGCGACAGACACGCGUGUACCCUCUUGGCAGAGUGUAGUGCUUUCAGGCAAAUCCUGAUCAGGAGAUCUGGAAAUAAAACUGGCAGGAAUGAUGGGGAUGUAUUUAACAAUUCAAGUACUGGAUCAAACUUAAAGCCAGUUUCUUACUCGGUGCACUGGAAAGGUCACCUUGUCUUGCUGGAAAAGAAGCAAACUCUCAGCUCUGCUGCUGUCUUUAACAGCUUCCAUGUGCAUUUCUUAAUGUUCCUGGCUAGUUAGGCUAUCUAGCUUUACAGACAGGUAUACUCAUGGUAGAUGAGAAAGGAAAGAACAUGAAAUGUCUCACCUUCUUCUUGAUGCUUCCAGAGACGGUCAAGAACAGGUCCAAGAAGAGCUCUAAGAAGGGAAAUAGCAGCAGCAGUAGCAGCAGCAAAUUGCCUCCAGUUUGCUAUGAAAUCAUUACCUUGAAGACCAAAAAGAAGAAGAAGAUGGCUGCUGAUAUUUUUCCCCGAAAGAAACCAGCCAACACUAAUACAACUGCUGUCCAGCAGUACCACCAGCAAAAUCUCAAUAACAACAACACUAUUCCGGCACCUAAUUGGCAAGGAUUGUAUCCGACCAUCAGAGAGAGAAAUGCAGUGAUGUUCAACAAUGACUUGAUGGCAGAUGUUCAUUUUGUGGUCGGGCCACCAGGUGGGACCCAGCGGCUGCCAGGACACAAAUAUGUCCUGGCUGUUGGGAGCUCUGUAUUCCAUGCGAUGUUUUACGGAGAGCUUGCUGAGGACAAAGAUGAAAUCCGUAUACCAGAUGUUGAGCCUGCUGCUUUUCUCGCAAUGCUGAAAUACAUAUAUUGCGAUGAAAUUGAUUUGGCUGCAGAUACUGUACUGGCCACUCUUUAUGCUGCCAAGAAGUAUAUCGUCCCUCAUCUUGCCCGGGCCUGCGUCAACUUUCUAGAGACAAGUCUAAGCGCAAAGAAUGCCUGUGUGCUGCUUUCCCAAAGCUGCUUAUUCGAGGAACCUGACCUGACCCAGCGCUGUUGGGAAGUGAUUGAUGCCCAAGCUGAGCUAGCUUUGAAGUCUGAGGGGUUCUGUGACAUUGAUUUUCAGACACUUGAAAGCAUUCUCCGAAGGGAGACUCUGAAUGCCAAAGAAAUUGUUGUUUUUGAAGCAGCUCUGAACUGGGCUGAAGUGGAGUGUCAGCGACAAGAGCUAAUGGCUACCAUAGAGAACAAGCGCAAAGUCCUCGGGAAGGCCCUGUACUUGAUACGCAUCCCUACCAUGGCACUCGACGACUUUGCAAACGGCGCUGCUCAGUCUGGGAUUCUGACUCUCAACGAAACCAAUGAUAUCUUCCUCUGGUAUACUGCUGCCAAAAAGCCAGAGUUACAGUUUGUAAGCAAGCCCCGGAAAGGCCUCGUUCCUCAGCGGUGUCACCGUUUCCAGUCCUGCGCUUACCGCAGCAACCAGUGGCGCUACAGGGGCCGGUGUGACAGCAUCCAGUUUGCUGUUGAUAAGAGAGUGUUUAUUGCUGGCUUUGGGCUGUACGGCUCCAGCUGUGGAUCGGCAGAGUACAGUGCCAAGAUUGAACUCAAACGACAAGGAGUUAUCCUAGGGCAGAACUUGAGUAAAUAUUUCUCAGAUGGUUCUAGUAACACUUUUCCUGUGUGGUUUGAAUAUCCAGUGCAGAUUGAGCCUGACACCUUUUACACAGCUAGCGUGAUUCUGGAUGGUAAUGAACUCAGCUAUUUUGGACAAGAAGGAAUGACAGAAGUUCAGUGUGGGAAGGUGACUGUUCAGUUUCAGUGCUCUUCGGACAGUACAAAUGGCACUGGGGUGCAGGGAGGGCAAAUUCCCGAACUCAUAUUUUAUGCUUGAAUGAAAGUUUGUGGAGACACAGCAUUUUGCUAUGAAGAACCUGUCUGGUUCAGGCCUACUGACACUUAGCUUUUUAUCUGCAGAUAUGUGAUCAGUACAGGUAAUAUGUAACUAAACGCUGUGGGCAAGUUACUGGCUUGCUGUACUUGUAGCAUCGUUGGUGAUAAAGUUUAAGUGUAAUAUUUAAACUGGAAGCUCUUAGAACAAGCAAGCUUUGUAAGAGAGGUGCCUGUUUGCUGGUGAUGCUGACUUUCUUUGAUGCACCUGUGAAUCACCAGAGGAUGUCCUCCUCUUGUAUCUCACUAAAUGCUGUCCUCAUUGAUCCGUUUUCUCUUUCUCUGUUUUCCUGCUUUCUGCUUGUAAUUAUUUGGGGAGGUAGGGGUAGAAAAUGAGGAGCCUUGUUUUAUAGCUCUCCUGUCUGCUCUUCAGACUUAAGAGAUUCUGGUAAAUGAGCUGCUUUUGAUCAUGGGAGCUGAAAGAAGUGCGUCAUCUUAAGUAGAAAAAGCAUAGCUGUAAACCUUCAUCCUGUGAGAUUCUCCUGCGGCCAACUAUUUGGGAUGGCUGCAGGGGAAGAUGGAGAGAACCAAGAAACUUUCAGGAAGCUACGCAGCAUGCCAACCAAGUCCAUAGUGCAUGGAUAUGUUUGGGGGGGGGUGGGGGGGGUGGGGAGCUUAGCAAGUUACCCUCAGAGUUCAUUUUCUAGGAAUCCCACCUUGAAAGCAAGGAAGCACUUGCACAUGUUGAAAUCAUACGUGCAGCUCUUGAAACUCUACUCCCAUGACAUAGUUUUUGCUGCAUUUAAGUUGAUUUGCUAUUUAAAUGGCUUUUCUUUGAACCCUUGCUAAAUAAAUAGGAAUUAAUAUCUAGCAUCCAAUGCAGGAUAAUUUUUUGUUUGGUUUGGGUAGGUUUUUUUUCUUCCUCCUAAACAUGGUAGAGGCAGAUUAUAGAGGAACAAAAGAAUGUACUGAUCCUGACUUGGACUUUUUUCUGUAAUAUAAGAUUUCUUCUUUUUAUUACCGUACUUUAUCAGUGGAAAUUUAGACAAAGACAAGAAGAUUCCCAACUGUGGUCAUGUUACACUUAGUGUAUAUCAUCAGGUAACAGUGAGGAGGAGAGAGUCCUUCUCUAAUGGUUAGUGCUGGAUCUCUUGCAACUGCUUAUGGUUACACAUCAGAGGAUUAUGUGGUGCAGAACUCUUUCUUGUCUGAUUUUUUUUAAUUAUUAUUUUUUCAAACUUCUUGUUAUAUGUAUAUGUUGUCUUUGGAGAAGUAUUAGGGAUCAUGACUCCUUUAUCAGGGAAGGAAACCAAUAUGAAUAAGAAAUACAGGUACUAUUUAAAUAUACGAAAAUCCUUCACCAAUGCAUUGGGACAGUUGCUUCUCGGAGGCACACUACCUAUUGUAAAACAUCUCAUUCUUAUUUCAUCUCUGAAGUGGGUUCUGUUCGUUGUGUAUGUUUUAACAAAAUGAGAGGACCAAAUGAUUCUUUAGACAGGCUGAAGAUUAAUGUUACAGUAUAUCAGCACAUUAAUGCAGCAUAACCCUAAAUUCACUUGUCAGUUUUGUAAUAAAAAUGUUUUUCUCAUAUGAUUUCUUACCAGUUUAAUACUAUUACUCUAAAGUGUUUCUUGACGGUUGGAAUCCUGGCCUCUGGCCAUCGUAAAGUGCCAAUACAUCUUUGCAGUGUCCAAGAUACCGUCUGAAGUAAGGAAAACUGGAGCGUAGACGUCAAACAGUUUACGGCCAAAUCCCAGAUCUUCUCUCUAGGUAAUGAAAGGAGAGCCAGGUAAAAAACUGCCCUGCAAGUUUUAUAUACAUACGUACAUAUGAGAGCCGUGUGUGUGUAAGCAAUGUUCUUUCUGAAAUGUAAAUACCCUCAAAAUACAUAGAAAAAUGUUUUGGUUUUUUGUAACAGAUGUACAUAAUCCAGACUGUUAGUGACAUCUAAACAGAAUGCUCCAUGGAAAACUCCCAGAGAGAGAUUUAAAAAAACCUCCAGUUAAUUAUAUUUAGAUCUGCAGCCUAAAAUAGACAUGAGAAUAAUUGUAUGGACUGGAGGAAGAGUUGCUGAAGAGACUGCAAAAAGGACUCUUAAGGUUGUGACGAGGUAAUGGUCAUCUACUUUUAGACAACAUCUGAGCAGCAGUUCCAUUUAUUUAAAUAUAUUUGAAAGCAGAGAAAGACACUAAUCAGCUGAUUAAGUUUUCUUACAGCAAGCGAUUGAUGUAGAUGUAAUUAUCUGAGUGAUGAUCAGAUUGACAAGUUGCUUGCAGUAGCAAGCUGCGUUCUGAGUUGUUUGGAAGAAAAUCAGGUGCCUCAGCUAGUGGGACAAAUCAGAAUACUGCACUGCUAUAACUAGGCUUGGGUUCUCACUUUUAAUUUAUUUUUUGGUUUUUACUUAUCUACCAAUAAAGGUGAGGUAUCUACUACGUUCACUAGCUGGAACAGAAGUUAGGAGAUCAGAAUACUGUGUAGCUGUAAUAUGUAGAAAAUGAGCUGUUAUUUAAUUAUUCCUUUUAUUUGCGCCUUUCAUGAAAUCUUUUUGACGAAGUAGGAUGAAAGCAGGCUCUAGCUUAAUUCCUCUGAGUCCGUUCCAGGUUUUAGGAGCUGGUGCAUGUAAAGCUUUCCAAUAGGCAUGAAUAAACAUGAGCACCCCAAAAUACCUUUUGAUGCUUACAGUGUGACUUGAUUCUGAGCGCUGCUUGAUGCUAACAGGUACUGGUAUAUGAGAAGGUGGCCAGUACCAGUCACCUUAGGACAUCAGGGCACUUAAAUAGGUGUCUAAACAUGGAUUUGGUUGGCUUAGCAGUAGCAUCCCAGCUUGAAUACUUUGACUGACAUUUUGCAAGCGUCAGCCAUAUCAAUCUGGAAUGUAAGCAUAAUGUCAAUAGAGAUUCUUUCGUAGAUUCUGUCUUAAACUGUACCUGGCCAUCUUUGCUACUUGUAUGUUUGAUUUUCCUGGUGAGGGGAAUCUGUGAUGAGAGAGUAUAAUGUAAUAUACUUUCUGCAUAUCUAAAAUAGUAUUUAAGUAAACAUUUUAAUUUCUACAUACUUAUUGCACUGAACUGUUCUGGAAUUUUUUUUUUUUUUUGAUUUGUUGUGAUAAACUCGGCUAACUUCAGGUCGCAGCACCCAAUUGUGCUGGAGCAGUGUUUGACCUUAGCAGGCUUACAGCAUUAUUUAUAAAGGACAGAUAUAUAUAAAUAUGAAGUACCUCAUGUUGAAUGUUAUUGUACUGUAUCUUUAAUGUCACAGUGCAGAUCUUGUUGGACUCAUGAAUGUGUAUAAUCACGUUAAACAUACAAAUAAAAAUCGUUCUUAAAUGGUU